AUGGACCCUUACACCGACUUCCGGAGGUCCAUGCAGAACAUGAUAAAGAUGCACCACGGCCAGGAAUCUCGGCCGCUGGACUGGGACUUCUUGGAGGAGCUACUCUUUUACUACCUCCAGCUCAAUGAUCAAAGUGUGCACAGGCACAUUCUCAAGGCCUUCGCCGACCUCACUGCUGGAACCCACAAGGAUAUACCAGCCCGUGGAAAACCGAACUGGGCUGAUAAGAGUGUUAGGAGUAGGAAAUAUUAG